AUGUCGGAAUCAGCUGUGAACCUCCCGCCGCCCUCGCUGAAUAUUGUCAAUCUUGCAAUUGCCGAUUUGGCCAUAUAUGCAGUGCUCUUCUUCCCCACCUGCUACCUGACCUGGAUGCACGGGAAAAACGGAAUGGUGUGCUGGCCGAUUUUCGUAUCAUAUUUCGGACUUCGGUUCGCGUCCGACGCAUAUCUCAUUGUGCACCGGGCCGACCCACUCCUGCCGAACACCGUGGCCAUCAUGACCAAUGCCGGCAGUCUGGCCUGUCUGUCGCUAACUAUUAUUGGACUCCUCUACGAAGUGAAUAUCACACUCCCCUACCCUCGACGCUGGACCGAAAAGAUCAUUCUGGGCGUCACCCACUUGUGCAACACGGCGGGCAUUGCCCUGGCCACGUACGGCGGCUCGCCCAGCGCCACGGGCGAGGGCGGCGUGGCGUCGCAGCUGCUCAACCGCAUCGGCAACUGCCUCAUGCUGGGCGUCAUGGCCACCAUGUGCUGGUGGAUCUGGCCGACCUGGAGGCGGACGUCGGCGCUGCACCGCAAGCACCCCAUGUUCAAGCCCUGCCGGGCCCUCAUUGUGGCCGCGGCCGUGGCCAUUCCGUUUCAGUGCCUGCGGCUCAUUUACAACACGACGUAUGCCUUUGACCACCUCGCCAUUCUGGAUCCCAUUACGGGCACCUUUGCCGUGCGGUUGAUUCUGCAGUUCAUUCCGCAGAUUGGUGUCGCCGUCGCCACCGUGGUCGGCGGCUGGUUUGGCAUCCCUCCCAAGGACAAGAGCAACCCUGGCGAGGAGAUGGCUUGUCUGGAACAAUUACCGAGCUCGAGUGAUCGUGUUCUAGUCUAG